UCAAAUCCAAAAGAAAGAAAAUGGCUUCUUCUCACCAACUUUACAAGUUUAUCACCAUUGCAAUUCUCUUUCUCUCCUUCAUAUUAACUUCUCUCGCUGAAAACACCGAGCUCGCAAGCGAUAAUCAAUGCAAAUCGGAAUCACGAGCAUCGUUUUGCCACAACAACAAAGAAUCAAAGAAACUCAAAUUCAUAGCUAUUGCUUCGAUCUUAGUGGCGAGUAUAGUCGGUGUUUCUUUACCAUUGUUAACCCGUGGGGUUCCGGCUUUAGGACCAGACCGAGAUCUUUUUGUGGUCGUCAAGGCAUUGGCCUCGGGAGUUAUAUUAGCGACGGGUUACAUGCACGUGUUACCUGACUCUUUUUAUGAUCUCAAUUCCCCUUGCUUGCCCAAAAAUCCAUGGAGGAAGUUUCCGUUCACGACGUUUAUUGCUAUGAUCUCGGCUUUGAUCACGUUGAUGGUGGACUCUUAUGCAAUGAGUUGGCAGAAGAAGAGAAUGUUGAAAUCGCAAGCAAAUGUUGUGGAAACCCUAGAGGAUGGAUCGAACGAAAUGGAGAGAAAUAAUGAAACUAAAGUCGAUGACGCAAAAUCUCAACUUAUUAGGCAUCAAGUCAUUGCUCAGGUAUUGGAGCUCGGGAUUGUAGUGCACUCGGUUGUAAUCGGCCUUGCAAUGGGGGCUUCGGAUAACAAAUGUACCAUACGUUCUCUCAUCGCUGCUCUUUGUUUCCAUCAGCUAUUCGAAGGCAUGGGACUUGGUGGUUGCAUUCUUCAGGCGCAAUAUGGAGCAAAAAUAAGUGGGACAAUGGUGUUUUUCUUCUCGGUCACGACACCAUCUGGGAUUGCUCUGGGAAUGUUGUUGCAAACGGUGUACAGCCCAUCGAGUCCGACGGCAUUGAUUGUGGUCGGGGUCUUAAACGCGUGUUCGGCCGGUUUAUUGAACUACAUGGCACUUGUUGAUCUAUUGGGUGCAGAUUUUUUGGGACCAAGGUUGCAAGGGAACAUGAAACUUCAGACAUUGGCUUAUGUUGGUGUUUUUCUAGGUGCUGGAGGAAUGUCUUUAAUGGCUAAAUGGGCUUAGAAAUUAUUGAAAACUAUGUAAUAAGAAAAAUUCUAUCUAGGUUUCUUUAUAUAGCUAGUCUUCCCUUUGAUGCAUAAUGGCGAUGGACUGUCUCAUCCUUUGUUUUGAAGCUCAACCUCUGUUUGAGUGAUCCAAUAAAAUUCUGUUUUAACG